UUCUUAUUUUAAAUCAUAGCAUCGAAAGCAUUUUUUUUUGUUUGGCAUUUAUCGUUAUUUUGAUUUUAUUUUGAUUUUUUCGUUUUUGUGACUGAUUAUUUUUUAAAUAACUAUACCAUCUAUUCAAUCGUAUAUAAUAUUGACAUGAUGGCUACUUCUAAUGAACAGUCAAUUAAUCAAUCAUCCGGAAUAAUUAUUGAUCAAGAUCCAUUGGUGGAUACUGUAUUGACAUUACCAGCAAUCACCGAAUCAUCAACAAUCAAAUUAAACAAUGGUAAUGACGCUUUAGACUCAAACAAUUUGGCCAUUCAAUUGGAACAGGUUCGCCUUAGCUAUCGCAAAGGUACAAAACUAACACCAGUUCUCAAUGAUCUUAACAUGUCUGUACCAAUUGGUUCAAUAUUUGGUCUUCUUGGACCAUCUGGUUGUGGUAAAACAUCAUUGAUUCGAUGUAUUCUUAAUUGUUUGAAACCUGAUUCGGGCUCUAUUCGUGUGUUUGGCAAAAAACCUGGUUCAAAAGAAUCAAAUAUUCCCGGAAUGGAUGUUGGUUACAUGCCACAAGAUAUAACAUUGUUUGAUGAUCUUUCCAUUCGUGAAACAUUGGAAUAUUUUUCAACACUUUAUCAGAUGCCAGCAUUAAUGACUGCCAAACGAAUUGAUUUUUUAGUCGAAUUUCUUGAUUUGCCUGAAAGUUCACGACGUGUUUGUGCGCUUAGUGGUGGACAAAAACGAAGAGUUUCUCUUGCCACAGCUCUUAUUCAUCGACCACCUUUGUUGAUUCUGGAUGAACCUACUGUCGGUGUUGAUCCAUUACUUCGCCAAUCAAUCUGGCAACAUCUUACCGAAUUAUCUCAAAGUGAAAGACUUACUGUAUUGAUCACGACUCAUUAUAUCGAAGAAGCCCGUGGUGCCAAUCAAGUUGCUUUGAUGCGACAAGGACAAAUUUUGGUUCAACAACAACCAAAUAUUCUUCUACAACAAUAUCAUUUAGAAACAUUAGAAGACGUGUUUCUCAAAUUAUGUAAUGAUCGCCAUCUUUCUAUGGAUGAUAGUGAAAUCGAAGAAAAUAGCGAAACAUCUACUGGCCAUGAAAAUGAUCCUAAUUGGAAUGAUUCCUGUUCAAAUGGUAAUCCAGCUGAAUCGAAUGACAAUUCAAGUGGUAUCGGUUCAUUAGCCAAAAGCAAACCUUUAGCUAAAAGUAGUGAUGAAUUGUUUGAUGGUUAUGAAUCAAAACGAUCAAUGUAUAGCUAUUGGCGUAAAAACGUUUCGAUCAAAAAUCAAACAUUUUAUAUGAAACAAACAAUGGCCAUUAUUCGUAAAAACACAAUCGCAUUACUACGUUCACCGGGCAAUCUUUUGUUUCAAUUUUUAUUGCCAACCAUCAUUGUUAUAUUGUUCUGUGCUUGUAUUGGUCGUAAUAUCAACCAUAUUCCGGUUGCAGUCUAUAAUGGUGAUUGGAGAUCAAAUGUAACUGUUGAUAUUUUACGUGAAUUGGAUCCAAUAUCAAUCAAUCAAAUACAUUGUCGAACAGCGGAAGAAGCAUUACAAGCCGUUCGUGAUGGUCUAGCUUCAUCAGCAAUUACAAUUCAUGAAAAUUUUACCGAAUCACUUCAUGAUCGACUUUUGCUCAUGGGCAACGUUGAUGAAGAAACAUUAAAUAGUUCGACCAUAAAAAUUUUUCCUGAUAUGUCCAAUCAAAUAAUUGCAUUAACUGUUUAUGAGAAAGUAAUUGACACAUUUCAAAUGGUUGCUCGUAAAUAUCUACAUCAAAUGGGCUCUAGUCCUGCAUUGAUUGAAUUUCCCAUCAAUUUUUCAACACCAAUUUAUGGUUCACAUGAAUCUACAUUCACCGAAUUUAUGGCUCCCGGUGUUAUAUUAUCAAUCGCAUUUCUCGCUGCUAUUCCAUUGACAGCAAUGGUACUUGUUGUCGAACGAAAACAUGGUCUUAUUGAACGAACUACUGUAGCUGGUGUAACCAAUUUUCAAUUCAUAUUGUCACAUUUGAUCACACAAUUUUUUGUUUUAUUGGUUCAAGUCGUAUUGCUUAUGAUCUGCGUAUUUCCCAUCUACAAGAUACCUUAUCAUGGUGAAUUCUUUUUCAUAUUCUUACUCACUUUAAUGCAAAGCUUCUGUGGAAUGUCAUUUGGAUUAUUCGUAUCAUCCGUUGCUGCCGAUGAAUUAACUGCAACAAUGUUGGCAUUAGGAUCAUUCUAUCCAAAUCUUUUGCUAAGUGGUACUGUUUGGCCAAUCAAAGCAAUGGAUAAUUAUAUGCGAUAUUUUAGUUAUUUAUUACCACAAACAAUACCAAUCGAAUCAAUGCGUUAUAUGAUUUCACGUGGCUGGGGACCAGAUCGUUUCGAAGUACAACUUGGUUUCAUUGUUACUAUAACAUGGAUCAUAUUAUUUACAUUGGCCGCAUCACUUUUAUUUAAAUUCCGUAAGAUCUAAUAAUUUAUUCAUUUCCUAUUUUUUUUUGUUCGAUUUUCAUCGAUUAAUUUAUUAACAUUGACAAAUCAAUUAUUUUUUUGGAUUUUAAGAAAUUCCUUGUGAUAUUUUAUCCAAUC